AUGGAUUCAUCUGACUCCACCGCUGAUGUUGACAGGAGGACUGCUGCUCGAGCUGAUCCACAAGCUACCUGGGACUUGAUUGGUGCCGACGAUGAACCAUCCAAGCCUGACGAUGAGGACGAGGAGUUUGUCUACGAGGAUGAUCUUGACCUCCUGAGCGAUGAUGACCUGCUUGAAAAAGCCUUGGAAGAACUCGUUGAAGAGAGCAUCUUGGAUGAAGAAGUUUACCGCCGCAUUGCCAUUGCAUAUGUCUACUACAACGUUUUGGGUGCUCCACCAAGAGAAGAGUGGGGAGGUAAAGGAGGCACAUAUGGGAAGAUCAAACGAAUCCUCAAGGUUCCUUCUGGAACCAAGAUUGGUUACGUCUUGGAGGAUCUUCUUGAUUGCGAAGACAAGAAAUGCCGCUACACUGGCAAGCGCCAAGCUUUGGGUGAAACCCGUCCACCCAAGAUUCCGAAUGAUUCUCAGGAGGCUCAGAUCGUCGCGGAUCAUCUGGAGUUGACGGAUGAAGCCAAGGCGUUCAUGGAGUCGCAAGGCAAGGAUGGCAAUCGUCCUGAAUGGUUCUUGACAGAUAAAUUGACCAGAAUUGACCUUACCAAGAUCGGUUUCUGGGAUGAGACUCAUCACAAGUGUGUCAUCGGGGGAGGGGCUGUGCAAGCUGGUCGCAAGUUCCAUUUGAAGUUCCCACGUGAUGCAAAUGGAAAGCUGGAUCCUAACGGUGAAUACUCUGGCGAAGACCAAACCAUUCUCAAUGUCAAGUACGAUGAUGAGACUCGGGUCAGUCUGGGUUGUUCCGCAAAUGCGACCGAGGGCCACAACAUUCCUUUGAUUGAUUACAGUGGCAAAACCUUGCUGACGUCCAAAGAUUAUGCAAACCGGAAAAAGAUGGAGAUUGCCGGAGUCAGGUCUUUGACUGGUGAAAGGUCUGGUUGGAUCAAGCGUGGUCGAGUGGCAGGCAAGCCUUACAAGAUUGACCGGUUGGCUCCCAAGCGGAUCCCAUUCCUUGGAAAGGGAGCAGUCAAGAAGUUCAACGAAUGCUCUCCUCCUAUCACGACCUUUCGGAAAUUGGUGGAGCUGACUGACAAGCGCAUUACCGCUUUGGCCAAGAAGAAGGUCGCUACGAAGGCAAACCUUUUGGCUUGGAGGAAGGCGGCACAAGAUGCUGAGGACGAACCAACAGCUUCGACUAAUCACCGCAAGGCAGCUAACCCAUACCAAUCCCGUUGGGGUGACGAUUGGGAGGAGCGGCUAGAAGGUUCCUCUGGAAUGUCGAGGUAUGUCUGUGUCACUACGAUGGUGGAGCACAUCUUUGAAGAGACCAAGGCACACAUGCAGGAGAUCCACGGAGAAGACUGCGAUGAUUGGUGGGUCUAUCACGAUGCUUUGUUGCUCAUGACUACCACGACGACAAGGGCAUGUAUGGAGGAGAAGGGCUAUCUCAAGCAUUGGAUCUUGCCAGAGUGUGGUCUCAACACCCACACUCCCAAGCACAAGCAGUACUAUUCCAAAGCUCCAGUGGGAAACUCCCCAGAGCUCAUGCCUUGGGACUGCAGUUUGAAUAAGGAUUUCGACGAUGCCAUCAGCCACCACAUCACGCAGACUCGCCACUUGGCGGAGGAUCAUGAGUGCAAGUUCUCCUACACGACUCCAGUACGAGGAUCUUAUUGCUUGAGACGUGUCUACGAGUACAAUCCAAGGAGUGAACGAAUCGUCCAGGAUGUCAACCAAUUCCCAAAACACCUUGUUCGUAUCAUGGAGUCAGAAGGAUGUGUCGUUCGGGAUAUUGGGAAUAGCAAGAAGGAAGAAGAGAGCUUGAGAGGCUUGCGGUCUGGAAAGAGGGGCUUGGCUGCUGCGGCUGCUGAGGAAAAGGACGGUGUCAAGGUUGACAGGCGUGGUGGGCAAGAAAGGGAGCAUUGCGGCCUCUUUGGCUAUUCACGCCACUAG